UCAAACAAGGGUUGAUUUUCCAAGCUUGAUUAAAAAGCCUGCCUGUGAACGCAAGCCAGUGUGAGUGGUGCAUUAGCGCUGAUAGCGCACAUUUUCAUCUUCUGUCCCGCAAGCGUUAGCUGGUGAAACAGGGGCAGGAGAGCGAAAAUAUCGAUUUUUCUAGUCGGGUUUGUUCACAUUGCGCUGUGUAAAAUACUUGUGAAAGUUUGAUGCGAUUAUGGAUUGCAUAAUCGGGAAAGCAUAGUUUUUAAACGCAGGUCGGUUUUCGUAAUCCGAUGAAUUAGUGGCGGAAUUAUGAGUACACGCCCCAAACGCGCUGCAUCGGACGGAAAUUCGUUCACUAUGUGGGUAUCAACUAACAAAGUGCUUAUUGGGUCUGUUGGGGGACCGAAAAGACCCCACAGCAGGAAUCCAAAUUUUGACUGUGAAGAAACAAAGCUGCUAAUAUCGUUAUGGGGCGAUCCUACAGUUCAAAAAACUCUAGUCACAACCCACAAGAAACAUCCUGUCAUUGCUAAGCUAGCCACCAAGAUGCGUGAAUAUGGAUAUAACCGAUCGACGGAGGAGAUAAAUACGAGAAUUAAAAACUUGAAAUGUUUCUACAACCGUAUUAAAAAAGAUCUUGAAACUAACGUAAUCAAUGAAACUUCUUGGAAACAUUUCCAAGCGAUGGAUGAAAUUAUGACACGUCCGAUUUUUGGAAAUAGUCUACAACAACUGCCCAAUUCUGAUUCUCAAGCCGGUCCAUCGAGUGGCAAAAGUCAAAUAUGUGAUCAAGUAGAUGUUAAGCUUGAGAUUCUAACCGAUGAGGAUAAAGAGAUAAGAACGGAAGAGUUGCUGAAGAAUGCCGAACAAGUUGAACUCAAGGAGCCGAAUUUGCUCAUUCCAAAGGAUGAACCAAUGGAACAGGAUAAUGAUGAUGAUCCAAACGAUCCCGAUUUUGAAAAUGAUGGUGAUGAUGAAGAGGAUAGCCCUAGCGAUGAUAGUGACGAAUCGGACUUCGAUAUCGACGAUGAGCGUCGUCGUGCCCGUCUUCGAAGAAGAGCAUCACGUAAAUCAACUAAAGCGAAUACAAAAAAGAAUGUAAAAGCACCAGUCGUAAUCACCACUGUGAGCUCAACUGCAACUUCAUCCACCCCCGCACCGACGGUAGCGCAAGCACCAACGCAGUCACAAAGUACCAUAAAAAUAAUAAACUACACUGGAAAACCGGGCCUCAAUAUAUCCACCAUAGUUCCCAAUUCCAACAUAAACGCAUCACUUUCUGGCCAAAAUAUGGCGAUUGUAUCGGCCACUCCAACGGUCACAACAAGCAGCACCGCGGGGAAAAUUUCACUCGUGCCUACCAAUUUUCUUCUCAAGCCGCAAGCCCCGAAAAUUAGUUUCAACUCGCCAAUUCAACUCUAUACGAAACCUACCGUUUCUAUUGCAAGCAGUAUGCCAACAACGAUGACGGUCUCAUCGGCUUCUGCAGUACAACCCAUGAAGCUAUUGUUCGUCAACACUGGCGGUGGUCAAAAACAGCAAAUUAUCACACCUGCAACAAAGCAAAUCUAUACUACAGCAACGCCCAUCGUGAAAACUACUCCAGCGACUCAGAUAGCAAUACAGCCAAAGCCAGUUGUAACGCCGACCACGAGUCUUAUGACUGUCACUCAAAACAAACCGGACCCUACUCCUGUACACUCGAAUGCACCAGUUGCACCGAAACAGGCAGGGUUCAAAGCACUACUUGGGCAGCUAGUGACCUUACAACGUGAUAACCUAGCGAUAUCGCGCAAUAGGUUGAGUGUCGAACGUGAGAGGUUCAACAACGAAAAACAAAUCGUUUGUUCACUUGUUGAGGCGUUGAAUGAUCUGAACAACAUGUUGCAGAAAUAUAGCAGCACGGUCAGCGUGAGUGAUGAUGUUGGAUUCGGAUCCUCGCAGCAGUUUCAGUUCUCUAAUGAUAUUGUGAAAGAAUCAAGAAUGAAUGAUAUUAGCCAGGACAUUCCCCUUGUCAGUAAUCUCAUCCCUGUGAUUGAUACCAUUAAGGCGGAGGUGAUAAGUGAUUCUGAUUGAAACUAUUCCCAAUUGGUUAUAUGUACUCUCUAGAUAAGUUAUUAUUCUGACGCUCAAUCAUGUACAUAAAAAAAUAUUAUCACAGAAUGAGUGAUAGUGCUUAGUGAGAUAUUUAUUUAUUAUAUUUAUUUAUAUCUAAUUUUUUUUAUAAAACAAAAAUUAGUACUCACGCAUAUUUUUAAACAAAUUUGCGAACCACACAACACAGUAAAUUGAAUAAAAUAUAAAAAUUGCUGCAAUGAAAAUAAAGUAAUGAAAAAUCA